CAAAUCUUGUUUUGAUGUCCCUCUUGCGACGGUUCUUUUGCUCCGAUCGGCCCCUUCAUUAGAAAGUUAAGGCAAAGCAACAAGAGCGAAGAGUGCCGAAACUUCUUUCGUCGACUGGUGGAGUCGACAAAGAUGUGAAUCGGCAGUCUCGAGGUGAAUCCUCCAUCGUGGUUUGCAGUGGUGCAGCUUUUUUUGCCAGACUGAUGAGCUGCUAAAUACUUGCUAGCAAGAUGAAGAUUCCACUCUGGAUCUCAAACUUUAUCCUCAUUCUCUAUUUCACUUCGCCUUCCAGUGCUAGCUUCUGCAGCCAAGGCGGCUUUUCGAAGGAUCAAAGAGAAUCUUUCUUUGACUUGCGUUGCCACUGCGCUGAAAGUGAUGAUGCCAAUGGUAAAUUCGAUGACUAUGAGAAGGCGAUAACAAGUAAUAUGGUAGUGCAGAAGCAUGAUGAGAGCACGGUGUCUGUUGGUUUUGACUUUCCUGCCAACCCCUGCGCCUUCCAAAGCUAUAGUGUUGAGCUCAACUACGUUAAUCUGACCGGCGGGUCAAAUGGCAACUGCUCCAAUUACCACCCUGAAAACCUUACUCUGGACGAUGAGACGCACUUGAGGCACUCUAUCCGCAAGUACCACACAUCAAUUGCCAGCACAUACGGACCCAAAUGUCCAGCGAGAGCCAACCUUAAUUUUCAUCAUGUGUUUGGUGGCUGCUACUUUGUCAUCAUCACCCCUCACAAAGAAGGGCGCAAGCAAUCUGUCUACUCCAAGCCGAUCUACAUGAAUACCAGUAUUACCAAAGCAGACGUAGAAUUGAUGAACUCUACAGUCAAAGUCUACAGCACGCCAGUUGAUAUUGGAAAUGCAACGGCCGUAGACUCGAGAUUUGUCUUCGAUGAUCGCUCCCUGCAGCGCGUUCCAACCAUUGCCUCCAUUUCACUCAAGCUGAACAUUUUGGACCUUCAUGGUGAAGGAGUUUGUACAAGAUCAGGGAUUGAAUACGACUGCUGCGAAAUCAUGAACGAUGAUAACUCAACCUUCACGUGUGUCUCGCAUCAAGAUCCAAGUAGAAUCACUAAAUGCAAAUUUGAACACGGCAAUGGUUUCUCAGCGGUUCAAUGCCAGAUGCCUAUAAACUUUAUUGGAAACUACUGUGUAUUGGUUGAAAUCAAAGAUGACCGCUGCCCAUCAGUCGUCGGAGACAUUUGGAGUGUGGGGCAUGACCAUCACGCGCAGUCCUGCAUCUGGCACUACAGAGGAUAUGUCCCAAAAAUGCUGCCUAGCUCUGGCAAAGUAAUCGACGGAGCAGCUUCACCAGAAUGGUACGUCUGGCUAAUCCUAGCCUUAGUCAUCAUUUUUGCUCUUGGAUUCCUCUUCUACUAUUUCUACCUACUGCUGAGAAAAGGAUUCUUGGUCAAUGAAACAUCUGAUGAAGAGUCGAACUUAGACAUAGUCAACACAGCCUUGCCCCUGCUCUCUGUGGACAACCAAAGAAUCUUGCUGCUUUAUGCUCGGGAUUGUGACAAGUUCAUGGACCUGAUGGCUCACUUCCGGGAAAUGAUAACCGAGUGCUGUAAGCGAGAGGUCAUUGACCUUCACCACGAAUCUUACGAACAAGAAAUGAACCAGCAAGGCACUGACUUUUUGCUGGAAUUGCUGAGGAAGAAUAAAACCAGCGUGAACCAGCUGUUCCCUGAAGUUACUAUUGUCGUUGUGCUCACUGAGUGUGGGAUGUCUCAUCAUUUGGCUCAAAUGAAAGGCACCCGGCUGGAAUACAAGGAGCCAGAAUCGCUGGAUUCUUACUUUGCAUUCGCUUUGAAGAAUCUGAAAGAGGACACAAACUCCAACAUGUACAAUCGCGUGCACGUAGUUGAAUUUGACUCCUUUAAAGUGCCACCAAAGAGCCCAGAAAUAUUCAUCAACGCGCUAACUAGGUACAGGAUGCCUAAGCACAUCAAGGAGUUGGUGCGAGCUUUGCUAAGAGCAAAUAACAAAAGUGAAAUCGAUGUGUGCGAAGACAGUUACAAAGUUUUUAUCGAAAAAAUCGACGAGCUUGCUGCUUACAAGAAGGAGAACCCUGAUUACUUAGUGUCUCUAGUGGCCCAGGUGGCAAUGAAUGGAGCUUCAACUCAGCUGAGCGACGGGAAGUGAAAAUCAUCUCACUUCAGCCAUUGGCCAAUCAGGGUGCAUUUUUAAAGGUGUAAGACUCAAAGACUGAUUUUCAUGUUGUGUACAUUUGGGCAUCUAUUGAAGAUACCUCAUUCGAUUUGCGACUCAAUGUUUCCUCUUUUCCCGUUGCAAUUAGUUAGUGCACUCGGCUAUCGGUUUUUCAGACCAAAUCUUUGGACGGGCUACUGCAGUUUUGUUGCAUCGCGCUAACAAGCGUGAGGAACUCAUUUUGCCACUGUCGAACUGCAUCGUUUUGCUCUAAUGAAUAUUUGUACCGUCCCGUAAGUGUCUUUGCCUUGUUAAUUGCAGAAAGGUUCAACCUUGCUUCUGGUUCACGUGUCAACCGAGAACUAGGAGCAGCAAUUUUCACGAUCAUUGCUAUUUUAGGCGUGUAGCAUCAUUGUUGCACAUCGUUAAAGAUAACCAUACAGAAUUUAAUUUCCAGAAUUUUACUUUUAAAUGGUUCUAAAAAUUGAAAGACCAACUGAAGUUGUGAUUUAUAUAUUUUCACAGCUGCUAACACAGGCUGCUGACACUGUGUGGAACACAGUCUGAAAUUUUUAUUCAGCAAGUUGAAACUUCAUUGUUAUAUCUCUCAUAUUCAGCUCACUAACACACUACAUUUUGUGCCAUUGAAGUGCAAUAUAUCUGAAUUUGCCACGGGCAAAAAUUUGGCAGCCUAUUUUGUCAUCCAUCGCAAAGACGUUUUUGAAAUGGAGUGCAUAUUGUUUUAUUUCUGACGAACUUUUUUUAUUACUGUAUCUGCUCAUCUGCAUUAGCCAAUAGUUUUUUGGCUCUAGUAUUUUUGUGAAUCAGUGACCAUAAUUAUAAUUUAUACUGUAAUCACUGCUUUCCACGAGAACCUAAGUUACAUUAAAUUUUGAACCAAUUAGCAGCUACAAGUACAAAUCGUUGUCCUUUUUAUUUCUGUCAAUUGCAUUGCAUCAGAACUGUGCCGGAGAAGCUGUGCAAUUUGUGUGUACAUAAUAAAAUUCAAAGGAAUUUGUUUCAUGCACUGACAAA